UGCUUCAAUCUGGAGUAUAUGGUAUCAUCGGCGUAUCUGGUCGAUAGCCAAAACCAAUUCGUUUUAGUACAACAAUUCUUUUUUGUCCAAGAUCAGAAUUUUCGUUUUUCUUUUUCUGUGUGUUGAAAAAGAGAGACAAGUUAGUGCUUAGUCUUUCGUUCUUUUUAGAACAUCAAAAUUUUGUUUCACUUAGGAUGGGCGAUCACAUACUAGUACAAGACAGGACAUGAACAUCCAAGCGUACGUCUUUUUCAGUUUUUCCUUGAAUAUUUGUUUUAGCCUGUCGUUGAUUUCUGAAACGCAUGUUCUCAAAGUCAUUUCGCCUCUCUAUUCUAGCUUCUCCGUGGAAUAAAACAAUUUUGUGUGAAGUUUAUGCCAGUCCAAUUGAGUUGAUCGGACCUGCGCGCACCGUUUAGCGUUUCUUCUACGUAACGAACGAGUCGUGCUCAAUGCGCCGGAUUCCUCAAGAAUAUAACAAUUAUGCUAACGGAACAGGCAUUGCAUGCGAGCAAUGCGGCAGAAGCGGCUCCCAUCAAUCAAAGUUCCGCCGUGGAGCACAACGAACGGUUGAGCAAGGAGAAGAUGUUGGCUUCCAAGGAAGGAACAAAGGACCAGGCGCCUAGAAUAUUCUCACCUGUCGAUCUUAUUCAUAACAGACCGCGCCACCUGUGCCUUCUCCCUCAGUUCACUCCCAUCGCAAAACCCAACCCAACAUCUCCUGCGGAUCGAGCUGUGCAUCCGGGCGGCGGCAAUGGCGGGCGACCAGGUCCACGUGCUGUCGGCGCUGGACAGCGCCAAGACGCAGUGGUACCACUUCACGGCGAUCGUGGUGGCCGGGAUGGGCUUCUUCACGGACGCCUACGACCUCUUCUGCAUCUCCCUCGUCACCAAGCUCAUCGGCCGCAUCUACUACACCGUCGAGGGCUCGCCGCGCCCGGGCACGCUCCCGCCGGCCGUCUCGGCCGCCGUGAACGGGGUCGCCUUCGUGGGCACGCUCUCGGGCCAGCUCUUCUUCGGCUGGCUCGGAGACAAGGCCGGCCGGAAGAGCGUCUACGGCAUGACGCUGCUCCUCAUGGUGCUCUGCUCCGUGGCCUCCGGGCUCUCCUUCGGGCAUUCCCCUACAAGCGUCAUGGCCACGCUCUGCUUCUUCCGCUUCUGGCUCGGCUUCGGCAUCGGCGGCGACUACCCGCUGUCCGCCACCAUCAUGUCCGAGUACGCCAACAAGAAGACCCGGGGCGCCUUCAUCGCCGCGGUCUUCGCGAUGCAGGGCUUCGGCAUCCUGGCGGGCGGCGCCGUGGCCAUCGGUGUCACGGCGCUGUUCCAGAGCGCGUUCCCGGCGCCGACGUACGCAGACAACCCGGGCGCGUCCACGCCGCCCGAGGCCGACUACGUGUGGCGCAUCGUGCUCAUGGCCGGCGCGGUGCCCGCCGCGCUCACCUUCUACUGGCGGAUGAAGAUGCCGGAGACGGCGCGGUACACGGCGCUCAUCGCCAAGAACGCGCACCGCGCCGCGGCCGACAUGUCCAAGGUGCUACACGUGGACAUCGUCCCCACCGAUCUGGAGCAGGCGGCCGGCAGCAACAAGCCAGCUCCGUCGUUCGGGCUCUUCUCGUGCGAGUUCGCGCGGCGGCACGGGCUGCACCUGGUGGGCACGGCGUCGACGUGGCUGCUCCUGGACGUCGCCUACUACUCGCAGAACCUGUUCCAGAAGGACAUCUUCAGCGCCAUCGGCUGGAUCCCGGCGGCGGCCACCAUGAGCGCGCUGGGGGAGCUCUACCACAUCGCGCGCGCGCAGUCCCUGAUCGCGCUCUGCGGCACGGUGCCGGGGUACUGGUUCACGGUGGCCUUCAUCGACUCCGUGGGCCGGUUCAAGAUCCAGGCGGCCGGAUUCUUCAUGAUGACUUGCUUCAUGCUGGGCCUGGCAGUGCCCUACGAGUACUGGACGGCCCAGGGCCACCAGGCCGGGUUCGUGGCCAUGUACGCGCUCACUUUCUUCUUCGCCAACUUCGGGCCCAAUGCGACGACGUUCAUCGUGCCGGCGGAGAUUUACCCGGCAAGGCUGCGGGCUACCUGCCAUGGGAUCUCGGCGGCGUCCGGGAAGGUGGGCGCCAUCAUCGGCUCGUUUGGGUUUUUGUACCUGGCCCAGAGCCCGGACCCGGCCAAGACGGCCCAUGGGUACCUGCCUGGCAUUGGCGUGCGCAACUCGCUCUUCGUGCUCGCAGGGUGCAGCUUGCUUGGGUUCAUGCUCACAUUCCUCGUGCCGGAGCCCAAGGGCAAAUCGCUUGAGGAGAUGUCACGGGAGACUGAGCCCGAGCACUGAUCCUUACAUGAAGGGUCAUCUAGGUCUCUCGCCCUUAGAGCAAUGGAGUCAAUCAGCAUCUUGCAAAAAUUAGAAUGCGUGAUUGUACAAAGGAUUGAGUGAUUGCCAUACGCCCACAAACUGAUGCCAUUUCGGUGCUCUGGCCAGCAGUAAGAUCAGCAAUGCUUUGUUGUUACGUCUAUUAGCUACAUUUUCAUCGGAUGGAUGGUUUGAUGAGAAUCAAUAAAGCAGCUCCCAUUUCGACAAACAAAGAGAAGAGAUGGAUGAGAGCGCAAUUAGUCGGUAAUGCUAGCUGACAAGGUGAACCGAUAGCACUGCUAAUGACAGAAUUGGCAAAUGCAGUUGGGCAAUGGACAUACAUAUAUACCACCGUCAAUCUUGAGCCAGAUCGAGCCUCCAUUGACACCGGCUUCAGCACGCUUAGCUUCUCUCAACUCCGAUGGAGAAGAAAGCAUCGAUUCCCCCCCUGCUCCUCCUCCUCCUCGCCGUCGGGGGCUUCCUCGGCGUCUGCUCCGGCCGUGUCAUCAGCCCACUCCAACGCUCGCCGCCGACGAACGCGCCCCCGCCGCGACGCGGCCUGCCCCCAGCCGCCAUUGCGGCGAUCGCCGUCGGGGGCUUCGUCGUCGUCGUCGUCGUCGCAGUGGUGGCGUGCUGCUGCUGCCGCCGCCGCCUUCGAGCUGUCCGCCCCGCCGACGCCGACCAGCCACACGGAGGUGGUCGUGAGCGUCACGCCUACGAUGCUGCGGGGUGUGAUUCCGGCUCAGUCGACUAAUUUUCCUCUCUUCAGGUUCAGCAAAUCCACUCGCUUGCAACGACUAUGUUUUACCAGGUGCCAUAGCUUCUGAAGGCACCUAGUCAGGUACUACAUGCUUGUGACAACACAAGUUACGCAUCAAAAUCGAAGCCAUCACACCGGUUGUCUUUCAUCAAUUGUGUAGGUGGAAUGCUUUCGUUUGAUCUGGAUGUACUUACACGGGCUCUUUGUUUCGCUAGUUCUGCAUGUCAGGUUCGGGGACCUGUACACAGUAAAAAUCGAGAUGCGUGACUGUACAUACGUGCCUCAAAAUAAGCUCAUCAAUACCGCGUUUGUGCCCGAGUAGCCUCAUAAGAGCAGAGGCUGGUUUCUGUCUUCGUUUUGACGGAGGUUUUCUGCCUGCAUACACAGGAUAUAUACAGAAGAUUGGUUGUCAUGAGUGGGUCAUUUCUUGUUAUACUUAUAUGGGUAAGAGACCGGCAGACUUAACUCAAAUAUAACUCUUGAUACUCUAAUCUCGUUCUUGCAGCAUGGUUAACAUCUCGUUCUUGCAGCAUGGUUCACAGGAUAUAUACAGUAGACCUGUACUCCUUUUUCCGAGCACAUGAAAGUAAUUGCAGAUUUGGCAGCGGUUUCAAUUUCUCCGUGUGUAGCUGGGAGAAGAUCACGAAAGAAAUGUUUGGUCUCAGCCCAGGUUGCAAAUCAAUUUCUUUUUUGUGCUGGAA